AUGCCCAGAGGGUAUUUAAGGAGCUGUGCCUGCCUGGGCUGCCACUCCCGGAGGAGCAGCUCUCAGGAGCAGCCAUCCCCUGGGUGCCCUCGGCAGAUCCGCGGGUUCCAGGCCUUGCACCAGGCGGUGCCGCGGGAGCAGAGUGCUGAAGCUCGGCCGUCCGGCAUGGGGCUGGCAGCAUCCUCCCAGCGGGAGGCCACAGCCUCCCUGCCCGCACCCAGCAGCUGCCAGGCUGCGACCCAGACGUGGUGCUGGCUGCCGCAGCCUGCCAGGCAGGUGCUGGGGCUGUGCCGCGCUGCGGGGCCCGGCUCGGGCGGCAGCGCAGGGGCGCAGCAGGACGGAGCAAGCUGCCAGGCUUUGGAGCAGCUCAAGGGCAUGGUGCAGGAGAUGAAGGAGAUGAGUGACAGCCUGAUCCAGUCGGUGACACAGCCCUGCCCUCAGGACAGAGUGCCCAGGGUGCCAGCCUCGCCAACUGUGCCCACAGCCAGGCAGAAGGCAGCGGGAGCAGAGGCCAGCACAGGCCAGGCUGAGCUCAUGGCGCAGCAGGAGGAGCUGGACGAGGCCAGCCCAGCUGCUGCUGCGCUCCCUGAGGAGGCCACAGCAGUGCCGCUGCAGGCGAAACCUUCUCUGCACAACCUCCGAGCCUACAGAGGACUCCUGUGGGACUGCAACAACACAGUCGUGGGCUUCGCUGACAUCUUUGCUCGGGAGCUGGAGAAGAGCAGAGUUGUGGCACAGAGCCUCGGAGUGUGCACAGCAGGAAUGACUCCUGCAGCCCCUGCGGGCAGAAGGCAGAGCCAGGAGCCUGUUCUGCACAACCUGCGAGUGCAGGACGGGCUCCUGCUGGACUCCAGCAGCAGAGUCGUGGGCUCGGCUGAGCUCUCUGCUCAGUAGCUGCAGCAGCAGCCAGACGUGGCCCACAGGGUGCAAAGCUGUGGGCAGCCUUGUGGGGACUCCGAGGAAUUCCCUGGGCAGGAGAUCGUGGCUGGGCUCUGCUUGCUCUGCAGCAGCAGCAGCAGCAGCAGCAAGAGCUGGCACAAAGCUCUCCUGUGCCAAGGGCAGCAGUGGCUCCAGCAGCCCCUCAGGAUGCAAGCGAGGGGACCUUGGAGGGGAAGA